AUGCCUUCCCACACGUCCAUGAAGGCCUUUGCCUUGCUCUUCGCAGGCCUCACUGCCGCCAAGCCUCUGCGCCAUCACCUUUAUCCGCGCCAGGAGGUGACAGCAGAGGCUACACCCGCCCCUACUGCCUCUCCGACGAGCUUGGAGAGCCCCAUCGUCCAAAAGGGCGCAGUCACCCUCACCGUCUCCGGCGAGGCAUUGACAUGCAGUGUCGAUUCGGUCACGGGCAUGACAACCACUAUGGCAACAACUAUUGGAUCGACGACUUUCACUAAAGGCGUUCUCACGAUCACACCCACGCUUGGAUGUCUAUGCAACGACGCCACAGUGGUCGGUCUCGGUACCAGCACCGGCACCGACGGCCUGAACACUAUUACCGUACGCAAAAUCUUGUCCCUUCAGUCCCGUCAAACUCGAAUGACGAUUGCUGACGUGCCGCUAGUGCGCAAUGGAUGGCAGUCCCGCAGUAGCCACCGUCGCCUCGGCUAUGACCCUACAUAUGUGGCCGAGUGGUGUCAACCCCUCCAAGACAGCGACCCCGAGAAGCUGGUAGCUCUGUGGGAGGACAAGAACGUCGGUCACGUCCUUGAUCUGUGGACGAGGGAGAAGUCCGAGAACGGCGGAGACAACUGGCUGCAGAACAUCAUCGAGCACGUGGCUCCAACAAUCGGAAGUACCAACCUCGGCGGCUGCGGCCAGAUUGGUGGCAAUUGCGUGAAUACCCUCAAAUGCGAGGACAUGGUGGCGCAAGGCUUCGCCGCGCAUUACUGGAUUCUGCAGGCGGUGGUUGGCUUUCACAGCAAGCUCCAAGCGUCGCAUGAGGCCCUGCAGGACGGCACUAUCGACAACAUGCUCUCGAUCGCACAAAUCACCGAAGACUUCUCGGCCCCCAGUUCGGAUGGCAUGAACUCGCUCGUGCUCAUCGCCAGUCUGUUGAGCGCCAGUAUCUUCUUGGCCGGCAGUGUCACGGGCGUCGUCGGGGCUCUCGCAGGCGAGGCCGCCAUUGCCGCCAACGCAGUCAAAGCGUCCGCGCAGGCCGCACAGCGGGUGACGACCGACGAGGCCAAGCUGGCGACGCUGGCGGGGCAGAUUGCGUCGUCCGAUAAGAUUGUUUCGAUCGUUGGGGGCACGACGAGGAUCACCAAUGCUGGGGGUGCUGGUUUAUGGACCACUGCGUCUACUUUUACUAUGAUUAACGCUUUUGCUGAUCCUAAGGGUCAAGUCGAUUCGACUCUCCUGAACGACCAGCUCCAUAAUAUGUUCAAUCAAUCCUUGAGCCAGAUGGAAACCCUAGGCAACCUCGCCAUGGGCAGGGGAGGCGAUUACUCCGCUCUUCCCACCGCACCGGGCAGCGGCACUGCCGAGCCCCUCCCCGACGACAGCUACAUCGCCGGUUUUUUCUCCGACGGCAAAUUCCUGCUCGCCGAGUCCAGCCCGUUGUUCACGAACACGGUGCAAGCCACAUACGGCACAUUCAAGGCCAAGAUCGUGGACCAGGCGCUGCAGUCGGGAGGGCUUCAGGUCUUUGCCCAGUCGUUCGACGAGGAGGAUUAUUGCAAGGAUGAGAACGUAGGCGGUCCUGGCGCGAUUUGGAUGGACCCGCUCGGAGACGGCACGUUCUACUGCAUGCAGCUCUACCGCGACAACAACGGCGGCGGUUGCCCCAACGGCGACGGCACUUGUGAGUACGUGCAAGCCGGCAGCGACGUCCUGGACAAACUAACCAACGACUACGGCUUCAACCUGGAGAACUACUACUCCGCCGCCGCCCAAUGCAACAAAGCUGGGCUCGAAAACAGUUUACCCGACUACACGACCAUGCAGUACGACGGCGUGACGCCGGCGUGCUACUAUAAUAUUCCGGCUUUCAAGGCGAAGAAUGCGGGGAGUUGCACGGGGAAUAAUAAUGCGAUCUGCAAGUACACUUUUGAUUUGAGCGAUUUUUAG